CCCGCGGCGCUACGCCCAGGCUCGGGACCUCAAGGUCUCUUAACCGUUCUAACAGCUGGGAGCAGAGCAGCUGCUGGCCUCGGCUCGGGAUCCGCUUCCCUUGGUCCCCAGGACGGACGUUGCCCCGUCCCCAGGAAGGCGCCCUCCCACGAGCUCCUGCGGAGCACCUCCUCCGCCUUCCUCUUUUAAGCUCACUCCUUUGCCCCUUCCUCCUCUAGGUUCCAUUGCACCCCGACCACCUGUUCGUGGUUUCACUCCUUUGGCUUUGUGUCCUCACCGGCUUCUCAGCCUGUGGGCGAAGCCGUCAGGGGACAGGGGCUUUGCAGCCUUGAAUGAAAACUCGUUCCUCCCCUUCAUCUGAUCGCUGCCUCCACUCGAGCUUCCUCUCCGCGACAGAGGUUCUCUGGGCGCUGCCCAAUGAAACGCCGUCAGCAGAGCUGGCCCUCUUCCCUUCCUUUGCCUCCCAUACCCCUUAGGCCAGGUCAAGUCCAGAAGCAGAGAGCCUGGAACUGGCAUCUGGAGCCUGAACUGUGGGCAAGGUCACUUCGACAGCAGCUGAACGCCCAGCUCCUCUUGGGCCUGAAAGACAAGGGUUUGUCUCUUGAUGCAGUAUCAUCGGAUACCCUGGACUCUUGGAACUCAGUGUGUAGCGUGGACAGCACAGCAAAGCCCCGGACCUUCCAGACAAGACAGAGUCAAUUCCGUAUGACAGCGACUGACUCGGAGCAGUCUACAGUGCUGCAGCUACUGCUAGCUGAGCUCCAAACUCUGUUCUCAGCUGUGCUGCAGGACUGCAGCCCAGCAGCUUGGCGCUACCUGCAUGCAGUACUGGGUCUCCUGCCUCCGUAUCGUGAGUUGCUAGUUGGUCACCUUGAUUUGCUACCCUUCCUGGAGCAGCUAUACUGCUGGACACCCUGGGUCCAGUCCCAACUCCAGCUCGACCUACUAGGUGCCAUAGACCAGGCUUUUCCCCCAGACAACUCUUUGUUAUGCGGCACCUCCCAUGUUGAUUGCCAUCCCCGAAGGAAGAGGUUCCAUCAAGGGCCCUCGUGCCCAGCCUGCCCUUUUGUGCAGGCCCGGUGGGGUGGGCAGCCAGUAAAAGAGGAACUGGCCACAUGGCUGCGACCAUUGACACUGCCUGAGCUACAGCACUGCCUGGGCAUUAUCGGUGCUGAGAUGGCCCUGGAAGAGGCCCAAUGGUUGGACGGUCUUAGUCUUCUGCCCUUGGCACUAGCUACAGACAUCCCUGUGCAGUAUAAAAGCAGCGACACUAACAACAUAGAAGAGGAGCCUGUCGAAAGCAAAGAAACUAAGUCUUGGUUUGACUAUGAAGUUCCUGGGGAGAAGCCCUUCCGAAAAAGAAGUACUAGCUCCUCAUCUGAGGCUUCGUUCUCAGGCAGCCAGACAUUGACCGUUUUGAAUACAGAGAAAUACCUGAAGAAGAUUCACUUCCUCUACCUCAAUGUGGCUCCCAGUCGGUACUUUCGGCCCUAUGACCUAGUGGUGGUGCCACCAAAAAGGGUGAAUCCUGAGCACUACAUCUUCUCUCCCUUUGGGGUCCUGCAUAUACAUCCCGAGGAGGGCAGUGAGGCUAUGACACUGGGUGACUGGCACCACCAGUCUGUUCUCUGGCAACAGCUCCAGUUCAUUCCGUUCUUUAAGUAUUGCCUUGUACGCAAGGCCUUGACCUGUUGGAAGAAGAGUGUGAGGUGGCAGGGCCUGUGUCGGCUCCGGACUUUCCUAGGGAAUCACCUGCUCUUGGCUGUGCCCCACUUUGGAGCUGGGCUUCUCCAUAUUAACAGGCUUCUGCAGGAGCUACACUCUGUGCCCUGGCUACCCCAGGAGCCAGAUCAGUGCUAUGAGCUACUGGAUCUGAAGAAGGCUCUAGUCAAGGAGAACAGGAAGGCUCUACAGUUACUCCAUCGCUGUUUGAACCUCUGUACUUCUAUUCUUCAACUGGUUCACAAGGACACAUACCAUAUGCAGCAGGGCCUGCAGGAGCGAGUGCAAAACUGCAACAAGAUCCGGGCAGGCCAAGGUUCCAUAUACCUUCUGAAGGCACAGCGCCGGCAGCUGGAGCAGAAGCUGAAGCAGGCAGAGGCCUGGUCGCUGCAGUUGGGAAAGUUUGCCCGCCUGGUCAACUACAUGAUUUGUCAGAACCUUGUUACAGUCUUGGAAGAUGAAGUAACCUCUUUUGUGGCCAACAUCCUUCAAGCUCAAAGGCAAAAACCCUUUCUCUCAUCCCAGCUGGUCUGUGAUGAUCGUUGCCAGCUGUCUACCGUACCCAGUAUUGAAAAUAUGAUCCAGAUUCUAUCUGAGGGCCUACAUUCCAUUAAGUCUUCUGCCCUGAAGCUAAUGCAGUCUACUGACCUGAAGACCUCGAGGGAUUCCCUGUAUCUUGAAGGUGCUCCACUAGCAGAAGAUGAAGAGGACAACUCGAACUCAGAAUUCCUGAUGCCCAAGUUUCAAGGCCAGCCUAGCGAUGCUGUUCGCAUCUUCUGUGGCCCAAAUGUAGGACUGGUGUGGCCCUGGAAGUCUCACCCAAUUACUGAUAUCUUAGAGGUGCGUGGGUACCGGCUUCGGGGCCAGUACUUGCCACCCGAUUAUAGUCAGCUUCAGGAGGACUUGGACAACAACUUUCGAAUCCAGCAGGCUCUGACUAUACAACAGGCGCUUCUGGAGGGCAUGAUGCAGGAGGUGCAGGAAUUCUGCAGGGAGCAUCACUGGAUAACAGGCAUUUAUGAUUUCCUGCAAACCUGGGGCCCUCAGAAGCUGGAGGACAUGAGAGGCUGUCCCAUCCAGAGCUACAUAACGGUGGUGAGCCAGCUGAAUGCUUGGCAGGCCCUCAUCUCCAGCAUGCCUGUGGAGCUGCUGACCAAAGGCAAGCUGUUGCUGCUGAGCUGCCGUGAUAUACAGGCAGCGAUGGAGUCCAAGCUGGACAGCGUGAGGAAGGAUAUUCUCACACAGGUGCAGAAUGAAUGCUGGAGCCGCAGCCAGCAACUGAUGACAGAGCUCACAGGUUUCAUACAGGUCUUCCAGACCAUCAGUACCGACGUUCAUGCCAUUGCACAGUGCUCCCAGAAGUUGAACGAAGCCAGUGAACAGUACAUGCAGCUGGAGGAGCGAGUGGAGUACAUCCGGUCACUCCACGAAUUCAUUCGCAACUACUUUAACCUCUUUCGUGCUGAGAAUGACGCACUGUAUAUUUCGCUUCUGGACAUGUGGGAGGCAUUUCAGUUUGAGAAAACCCAGGCCUCAGAGUUCCUGCUCAGCAAACGAUAUGCCAUCGUGCCCAAGCUGCAACAGCUGAUGGCAACAGCCUUGGCCGAGCUGGAAGGCCUGCUCAAGACGGCCCUGUCUGGUCCCUUCAUGGAUCCUACACAAGAGCAGAGGAGCACCGAGUGCAAGCUCCUCUCCCUGGAGCAUCAGUUCAAGAACACAGCCGGCCACCUCAGCGAACUGCACCACACCUAUGUCACCUUUACCGGAGAUGAGAGUCCUGUGCCCUUGCCAGUCUGCGGGACCCAUCCCAUCGUGCUGCAGCAACACAUCUGGCACCUGUAUCGAGUCAUCUCUGAAACUUUCAGCGAGUGGAAGUGCAUAGCUUUUGUCAAGUUCAGUCUGUCUAUGGCCAAGGAGAAGACAGAUGGCUGGCUGACAGACGUGGCUCGGCUGAGCACAGCUCUGGGGGUCCACAGCCCAGUGCUGCAGCACUGCAUGCACGUGCUGCAAGAGUUUCGAAGCUACCUGCCCUUACUCACCAAGCUGGGCAGCUUCCAGAGGCAAAACCUUAAUUAUCAGUCCCUCCUAAGAGCCUUAGGGCUAGGCAAUCUCCAAAGUAUGGAAUUCUUGACACUGGGUCAGCUGCUCUCUUGUCCAUUGCUGGAGUUUGCAGAUCGAAUCAACCAGGUCUGGCAGUGUGACAAUGAACGAAUUCGUGCCCAAGAACGCCUACAACAACUGCAGCAGGAAUGGGAAGUACGCCAGCUGCGCCUGGUCACCUUUAUCCUGCAUGUUCCUUACGAGUCCUCGCCCUCCGAGCACUCCAAGAGGCAGUCAGCCUGCAGCCCCCUGUGGGAAGUAGUGGGGAAGGAUAGUGGCACCUUCAUUCUCUCAGACUAUAGCAACUUACAAGAUUCCAUCCAGAAAAGUCUCCAGGCAUUGUUCAAGGUCCUAGCCAUCCAAAAGUCAGGAGACUUACACAAAACAGCUUUGGAGUGGGUGACCACCAUGCAAGGCCUGGGUGCCCUGCUGGAGGUGUGGAUGGCUUUCCAGCAGAAAUGGAUUUUUCUGAAUAAAGUUCUGCAUGAGAUGAAGAUCCAGUUUCCUAGUGCUGAGCUGUACUCUCGUUUCAAGGCUAUGGAUGAUCAGUAUCGGAUGCUAAUGCACAUCUCUGUAGCUGACCCCAUGGUUCUGUCACUUAUAGUGCCCAAUGCCAAGAGAAGACCUCACUUUCAAGGUCAGCAGCUACAACAGCUGCUGCAAGCAGGAUCGGUGGAGCUGGAGGGCAUUAUCAUGGCUCUGGAGACUGUGCUGUACGGGGUGUGUGCCCGCUUCCCCCGCCUCUUCUUCCUCAGUGACAGUGAGCUGGUGGCCCUGCUGGCUGCCCCUCUAGAGCCUUGUGAGGCCCAGCUAUGGGCACGACGCUGCUUUUCUCCUGUGCAUUCUAUAAGCUUCCAGCCAAGCCCAACUAAUGAGAAAAACGUGGAUGACCGAGAGUCAAACCCAAGCAGACAGACUCAGGUGGAGGCACUUGCUGUGCUAGGGGAAUAUGGGGAGGAGGUGAAGCUGCAGGGGCCCCUUCUUUUGCAUCCAGAUCUCCCUAAGUGGUUGGCCUCUCUGGAGAACCAUCUGCGCUUGACACUCGUGUACAUGCUGCAGGACUGUGUGGCAGCUCGUCUUGCAGUGAGACCUUCCGUAGGUGAGACCUUUAAGAAGUUGCCUCAGCAAAGCCAGUUGCCCCUACAACUAAAUGUCCAGCACUGGCUAGAUUUAGUCCAAGCCUUCCCUUGGCAAUGUGUAAUGGUGGCAGAGGAGGUAGUGUGGCGGGUUGAGAUGGAGGAGGCUCUGCUUGAGACGGGGACCCUGGCCAUGACCCCCAGGCAUAUACACAAGCUCGAGGUACUGGUACAAUUUAUCCGAGCCCAGAGGAGCUCCCAAGGAGGGCAGCCCCUACUCUCUGUCCGCCAGGCCAGCCUUCUCAGUGCUCUGCUGGUUAUGGCAGUGACUCACCGGGAUAUAGCACAGCUGCUGGAGAAGCACCAGGUCAGUGAUCUGACAGACUUCCACUGGGCUCGCCAACUUAAGUAUCACCUGGGUUCACCUCACUUGAUCCCCCCAACCCCACUGCAGAGCCUUAAGACUGCUGUACCCACUGAACCUUCCCAGCCACCAGCUGCCUGCUGGAUAGAUGUGCUGGGUAGGUCCUUCCUAUAUAAUUAUGAGUACUUGGGUCCCAGACUGGGGCCUCUACCCAGCCUGCUGCUUGAGCGUCCAGUGCUAAUUCUGUUAUUGGCCCUGGAGGAGGUAGCCUGUGGGACCCUUGUAGGCCCUGAUGGUGUGGGUAAGACAAAUAUGGUGAACAGUCUGGCACGGGCUCUGGGGCACCAACUGGUGAUGAUGCCAUGCUUGCCUCAGAUAGAGGCCCGAUGCCUGAGCAACUACUUGCUUGGUGCCCUGCAGGGUGGUGCCUGGUUGUUGUUGGUAGGAGUUCACCACCUACCUCCUGGCUUACUCUCUGCCCUAGGCCAGCGCUUGGCUGAACUGCAGUAUCUCUAUGCCCCACUGUACCAGGAGGCAUCCCAAAGCAUCAGUACCAUAGACCCCACCAAACCCCAGAUCCUUGGCAGUGGCUUAUUUGAGAAACAUCAUGUGUCUGUACGUCUUGGCUAUGGCUGUCUCCUGACACUGCAUGCCCUGAGCCCUGCUGUGCCUGCCAACCUGCAUCUGCUACUGCGGCCUGUGGCAUUGGCACUGCCUGACCUACAGCAAGUGGCAGAGCUGACUCUUCUUGGUGCAGGGGUACGCGAUGCCUCUAGCAUGGCUACUCGCCUGUCUAAAUUCUUCUCCCUAGAGCGUGAGCUGGUAUCUGGCCCCCUACCCUGCCGCUUGCCACUGCUCAAGCAGAUACUGGAAGAGACAAUACAGACACUAAGUGUGACCAAAGAAGAACUCAAGUCCCAUGAUUCUAGCAGUCUAGCUGCCACUGAGGAGGCGGCCUUACUACGCGCUCUGCUGCACUCACCGCUGUUCAACAGCCUUGAUGGGCUCCGCCUGCACAACCUCCGAGAGCUGCUCUGUGGAAUUUUUCCUAGUGCUAGCCAAGUGCUGGCGGAGCCUAUAACCCGUAGGCUGAUGAAAUCCCUGAUGGUAGAGGAACUGCGACAGGGAGAUCUGUACCCAAGUCCCAACCUUAUAGGGUCCGUGGAGCAGCUCAGUGAGGCCCUCAGCCGGGCCUCAGGCAUUCUGCUCCUGGGUCCUGCAGGGAGUGGUAAAACUACUUGUUGGAACAGCUUAUUUAAGAUCCAGAAUCGGUUGGCAGCCAUGGAGGAAACCUUAACCCAGAGAUACCAGGCUGUGGAAAUUACUCACAUGUACCCCAGUGUGCUUAGCUCCCAGGAAUUCCUGGGAUGGCUAGAGGGCCCCUACUGGCACUGGGGUAUCUUUCCUAGGCUACUUCAUGCAGCCCCUCAUUGUAGCAGCACGGGCCCAAAGGAGCAGACUGAGGAACCGACGGGGAUCCAGCAUUGGGUAGUAUGUGAUGGGGCAGCUAGUGCUGCUUGGCUGGACUCCAUCACUUGCCUUCUGAGUGACCCGCCUCAAAUUAGCCUCCCCAAUGGACAACAGAUAGCACGACCCCCAGAUACUUUUUUUUUGAUGGAGGUGGCAGAUGCAACAGGUAUAUCUCCUACAUUGGUGGGCUGUUGUGCCCUAGUCUGGUGUGGUGGGGAACAGACUUGGCAGAGUAUGUUUAGCAUCCUGAUGGCAGCCCUGCCUCGUGAGUACAACCUGCAGCCCCAGACAGUUGCUGAGCUCAACCACCUGGCGGAUGGUCUGGUGCCCGCAACGUUUCGAUUCCUCACUCGCAAGGGUGCUAGUUCUCUGCUGCAGGUACACGGGCAUCAGACCGUUUGCCCAGGAGUGGCCGAAGUCACCAGCCUGGCCCGCAUCUUGCGUGGUCUGCUUGACCCCCAUCUGAGCCUAGAUGAGGAGGAGAAGGCACGUGAUACAGAGGACUUCAGCUUCACGUCUUCAAAAACCAGCUGUCUGAACGGGUCCAAAGUUGACAGCCAUGGUGUGCCAGUUAAGGACAGGGAGCAUUUGCUUGCUAUCAGCAGCUUUCUAUUUGCCCUGAUUUGGGGCUUUGGAGCCUACCUUCCCUCCAGCUUUUGGCCCUUUUUUGAUACCUUCAUAAGGAGAUCUAUCAGUGGCCUCUCCAACUAUCCUGAGCUACCACCCACAGCUUUGGUAUUUGAUCUAUAUGUGAACCCUGAAGAUGGGACGCUGGUCCCCUUCACUGGACAAUAUCUGAGCAGCCGCAUCAAGGGAACUCUGGGUCCCUUCUACCCUUCUAUUCAGACCGAACGGCUGUUGUAUGUGGUAGACCUGCUUUUGUUGAGGAGACAGCCAGUGCUGCUGGCUGGAGAAGAAGCAACAGGGAAGUCAGCCUUUGUGGAGGUGCUAGUGGAGCCCAAUCAUCCUUACAUAUACAGCCCUGUGCACCCUGCCUUCAGUCCUACCCACCUUCGCCUCCUGCUGAGCAGAGGAGUCCAGGACCAAGCACAAGCCAGUGCAUGGUCUGCACGUCAUCAGGAGUCUAAAGGCUCCCUCCUCUUCCUGCUGGAGGACCUGCACUUGGCUUCUUCUGAUGCAGAGAAGAGCUGCCAGCCACUGCUGGAGACUUUGCGACAGGCUAUGGAUGGCACUGUGUACGCCCACAGCACGUUGGAACUGCAGACGCUGCUGCCUAUGGUCAACUUCCUUGCCACUACCACAGUGCCAGGAAGUUGUGAGCUCCCACUGUGCCCACGCCUCUCUCGACUCUUCACAGUGCUGGCCCUGGGCAGCAUGACGCAGGCCACCCUGCUGAGCAGGCACACACCGAACAUCCAGUCCUGGCUUGAGCGGUUUCCCACCGUGGAGCAGGAGGGCAGUCUGGGUAAAGCCCUGGUGCAGGCCUCGCUGGACGCCUGGGAGGCUGUGAGCCGCUGUUUCAUGCCUUCACCUCUCCACCCACACUACCGUUUUUCCCUGCACUCUGUGAGCAACCUUCUGGAAAGCCUGCAGCUGCUGCCUUCCAGAGUGGGCUCACAAGUUUUUGAAGACUGUUUCUAUGACAAGGAGCACUUGCACCGGGUGUCAGGCUUGCGUGGCACUUGCCUGACUAUUAUGAUGACCAUGCGCUGCAUGGUGCGCCUUUGGUUGCAUGAGGCUCAGAGAACUUUUUGUGAUCGGCUGGACAGCCCCAGGGAACGCACCUACUGUGCUAAGCUGCUCCUAGCAAUAGCUCAGAGGGUCUUCUGCCACAGCCCAGGGCCCCAGCAGUUGGGCAAGGACCACAAGGAACAGGGGGGAGAGGAGGAGGAAGAAGAGAAGGAGGAAGAGGAAGAGGAGGAGGGAGUCCCUGAAGUAGAAUCUGAGGGAGAGUUGGCCCAGUGGGAAGACUUAAGCAGAAGCAAUAGUGAAACAGAGGAGGAAGAGGACUCUUAUGGUCUUCAAGCCACUGCCAGCUCCUACUCCAGUGAUCCAAGUCUGGCACCAUCCGUAAAGAGAGUAAGCAGGGAGACCAUGGGAAGCAUAAGUCACAGGAUAGAACAGGGAGAAGGCAAAAGGGCUUCCAGCUGUAAGCUCCAGUCCAAGGAAAUCAAACCUUGGUGGCAGAAGGCAGCCCAGAUGGACAUGGUCUCACCCCUGUUGCUACCAGUAUUGCUACUUCGUCCCAAGGAAAAACCCUCAGACUUGGUCUUCUGUCAAGAGCUGAUACUUGGGUCCAAUUCUGAGGGUCCCAACUUGUAUCUAGAACGACAAUGGGAAAGCUUGGAAGAGCAGCUGGCCGCUUCAGCUGCUCAGCUGAGACUGAGCCCACACCUUGUCCGGUGCCGCUCCAUGGCCCAGCAUGUGGCCCGCCUGGUCCGGGUGCUGGCCAGGCCCCGGCAGCAUGGCCUACUGCUCUCAGGGGCUCCAGGUACUGGGCGCCGAAUUGCCAUCACUCUGGCCACUGGCAUUUGUCAGGCCCGCCUCUUCCGUCUGCCAACUGGGCCAGAGGAGGCCAUUCUCCAGUGUCUGCGAGAUGCCAGCUGGCAUGCUGGGAUGUUCAGCCAGCCGGUGGCCCUGCUGGUGCCCAAGGAUGUGGAUCUAACUACUCUUCGUCAGCUGGUGGCCCUGGCAACCUUGGGCAGUUUCCCUGACCAGUACACAGAGGCAGAUUUGGACAGCAUCGAAGAACAUCUCCCCAGGGAGAACUUUGGUAUCAAAUAUAACUUUAAGAAGGAAAUGGUGCUGCAGAGAUUCUACCAGCAAGUAUGUAGCCACCUGCACAUGUUUUUCCUGAUGGGAGAUGACCUGGCCCAAAAGAAGCUGCCCUCCACCAUUUUCCUGAGGCUCCUUCAACUGGCCUCUGCCAGCAUCGACCACUAUGAACCCUGGGACCAAGCUUCCUUGGUGAGAGUGGCCCAGUACCACCUGGAAGGUGCUCAAAGCCUACCCCUUGAUGAUGGAUCCUUGAAGUGCCCAGACCUCCGGGUCUCAAUUCCCAGUGUGGCUAAAGUCAUGGCUCUCAUCCACCUUUCUGCUGCCUACUACUAUGAGCACCUGUGCCCUGUAUUGCCACUUGUCACCCCCAAGACCUUCUUAGAUUUUCUGGAUACCUUCCUGCUGUUGCAGCAAAAGAUGGUCCUGCAGAUGAAGAAUAAAGCAAAGAGGGUCCAAAGUGCACUGGAGAAUCUGAAAACUCUGGUUGAGCAGCACAGUAUCCACACCAACCUGGUCAUCAACUUGGACUGCAGGCCUGCUCUCUGUUCCCAGAACCUCAACCUGUGUAAGCAGCAGCUAGAGCAGAGCAAGCUCCUGUACGAGAGGCAGUUGGCAGAGUGUCGACAUCAGAAGAACCUCACUGAGAAUCUGGCCAGGCAGCGGGAUGCCCUGCAGGAUCAGCACAAGGCUUUUCUUGAACAGAUGGGAAAGGCCUUUCUGGGUCCUCUGAGCCAGCUGCAGGUGGCUGACUUUGAAGAGAUACGGAGCUAUCGAGCACCGCCAGAAUCCGUAGUGCGGGUGACUGAUGCACUGUGUGACCUGUUCCACCAUGAAACCGGCUGGUCCAGUGCCAAGCAGCUGCUGUGCACUGAAGACUUUUAUCAGGAGCUGGUGUUCUUCCCCAAGGAGAAGAUGACAGACUCAGAGCUGAUAAGGUUAAACCAAGCUCUGAAGGCUCCAGGUAUGAGCGACCCGGCCCUGCGCGCAGUCAGCGUGCCUGCAGCAAGCCUAGCGGCCUGGCUCUGGGCCGUUCUGCGCUACGGGCUGGCACAGCGCCGGGGACUGCCAACCAGCCUGCUGCUGCAGCAGGUGGAGGCAACCCUGGCUCGGGAGCAGGCCCGCCUAGGCCACUACCAGCUGCAGGUCCAGGAGAAGCUGGAGGACAUUCUGACCCUGACCAAGAAGGUGCAGGAUGCCCAGGCUUCCCACAGCCAUAUGGUGGGGUCCCUCACUCUGGCACAGUGUGGUCAUUAUAAAAAAUGGCCCGUGAAGCCCGCGCUAAUCACACCCAUGCACACUUGGACUACACAGCUCCAGAACAUGAAGGGGCACUGCGUGACUGUGUUUGGAGAUGCUCUCAUGUGCUCAGCUGCCAUUGUCUACCUGGGCCCUUUCCCACCACCACGGCGCGAGGAGCUGCUGAACAAGUGGCUGGCCCUGUGCAGGGGCUUUCAGGAGGCCCUGGGCCCUGACGACAUGGCGCAGGCACUGAAGCCAAAGCAGAAGUUUGUCAUCGCGCCACCAAAGAACCCCCUGCUGCCCACACGCUUUCCCUUCAGCGUUCUGUCUUUGCUGAGCUGUAGCUCUGAACAGAACCAGUGGGACCGAGACCUGAAGCCCCAGGGCAAGUCAGCCCGCCUGGCAGGCCUGCUCCUGCGAAGCUGCACCCACUACCGUAGUUGCCGUUGGCCUCUGCUGCUUGACCCCAGCAACCAGGCCCUCAUAUGGCUGAGCCCACUGCCGCUGGAAGAAAACAGGUGCUUGGUGUCCACUACCACUGAGGGCAGAGGGAAGGGCCUCAUGAGAAAUCCAAACGGAGAGAAUAGACAGGAGCCCAAGGAAGGAGAAGAAGAUGAUCGUGAAGACAGAAAUAAGGCUACAGACCAGACAGAAGAGCAGAGCGCAGAGGAAUGGGAAAAUGAGGAGGAAGAAGCACAAGGGAAGAAAGAGAAAGAACAGAAAGAGGAGACAGAGAAUGAGACAGAGAACCAGGGGUCAAAACUAGCCCCUGAGACUCAGUCUCCGCCUCUUCUCUGCCUUAGUGUGCUCUCGGGCACUGACUCGGAGUUGGGUCCUCGGCUCCGGGAGGCAGCUGCCAGUGGCCGGCCUGUGCUCCUGACAAACAUGGAGCUGGGCCUCGGGUGCAGAGAACUGCAGUGGCUGCUGCAGCGGGAGCAACUGAGUCCACCCCACGUGCAGCCUGGCUUCUGUCUCUAUCUGAGUACUACCCUCCCCCUUCAUGCCCUGGAAAAAGUGCUAGGUUGUGAACUGCUGAAGGGGCUGAAUAUCCUGGAUCUGGGCCUAAACAUGGAAAUACUAGAAAACCAGAUGCUACAUGAAGUCAUGCACAGAGAGUGUCCUGAGCUUGAGAUCCGUUGGGAGGACCUAAAGAUCAGAGCCCUGGAUGCCUGUGAAGCCCUGGAUGCUGCUGAGGAACAGUUGCUGCUGCUGCUGCUGUUCCAGAAUCCAGAGAAUCAGAAACCAGCCAAAUUUCUACGGGACAUUGUGCGAGUCCAGGCAAAGAUCUGUCAGCUGCAGGCCCAUUGUGAGGAACUAAAAGAACAGAAGCUACAGGAGGUGGUAUUGUGGCUACCCUACCAGCAGGUGGUUUGGCAUGGAAUGGCCAUAGUAAAGGCCCUAAGCCCACUACAGAACUUGCUGCCCUUUUUCCACAUGAGUGCAGAAAAUUGGCUGGCAGCAACCAGGCAGGCUCUGGACAGCAUGAAGCCACAUGAUGUUCAACACAGGGAGGACCUGGCUAGCCAUUUGCUGCAGCUGAAAACACACCUGACCCGCCAGCUGCUGCGCAGCACCUUGGCUGCCCUAGGACUAACCCAGGUAUCCUUGGUGGGUGCCUUGGGUGCUUUGGCUCUGCUGCAAGUGACAGAGAAAGUACCAAAGCUGGAGAGGCUGGCGCUAUGGCCUGGACUGGCAGCCUCUCCCAGCACAGGCCACCAAAAGCCAGACCCAGAUGUGGUUAGGCCAAACUGGAUUACGCCAAGAACCUGGCAGGAAUGUGGGAUGUUAGAACUCCUGCCUCCAUUUGUUGGGCUGUGUGCAUCCCUGGUAAACCAUUCUGAUGUGUGGCAGGAUUACCUGUCACUGUCAUCCACAGUGCUGGGUCCUGCACCUGGGCCCAGCUCUGAGCCCCUCAGCCUCCUCCAGAAAUUGAUCCUGUGGCGUGUGCUGCGACCGGAGUGCCUAGCAGGUGCCCUAGCAGACCUCACCACCAGCCUCCUGGGCCGGCCUCUGGAUGAGAACCUGGGUAUCCCCACCUUGCCCUUUGAACAUAGUCAGGCUACUCAGCCCAUACUGAUCUUGUUGCCACCGCCUGGCCACCCCACAGCCACCCUACAUCCUCUGACUGUCAUCCAGAAACUGGCUGCCGAGCAUAAGCAGGGGCAAAAGCAUCUGCAGGUGAUGGCCCUGGGCUCGGAAGCCUGGAACCCAGUCUCAGAUGUGGUCAGCACUCUACGCCAGGCUAUGUCUGAGGGGCACUGGUUGGUGCUGGAUAACUGUCAUCUGAUGUCCCACUGGCCAAGAGAGCUACUGCAGCCCUUGCUGGGGCUGUUGGAUGGAGCCCAGGUGGUCUCGGAUCUGGAAAUGGAACUGCUUUCAGCUCAGCCUGAAAGCAGGAAUGUGGCCACUGUCCAUAGAGAUUUCCGUCUUUGGCUUAUUGCAUCUGCAGAGGCCAGUGCUUUGCCAGCUGUGCUGAGUCAGCAUUCCAUGCCUGUUUUCUGGAACCAGUCUCUGGAGCUGGGUCACAUCUUGAUCCACAGUCUGGAGCUGGCCCAGCAAGGAGUCCACAAGCAACCGCCUUCGCAGGUACUGCCUCUGUUGCUCCUGCAUGGUCUCCUGCUGCACCGGCAGCUCUAUGGAAUGAGGCUGCAGGCACACCGGGGGCACUGGAGUCAUUUGACCCUGACCCAAGCCCUUAGGACCCAAGAGCAGCUGUGGGCCAGUCUUAGCAAUCCCAGCACUGCCAUGCAAGAGCUGGCUGCUUCAGUUUUCUAUGGGGGAUCUCUGGGGGAUACCAAGGACAGAGAGGCCCUGACUAGCCUCACCCAAGCCUGCUUGUGCUCUGGGAACCUGAGCUGGGUCCAACCACACACACCUCAGUAUCUGCUGGCCACCCUGAUGCCCAGCCCAGAGCUGGAGAAGCUGGAUGCUAUAGCGGAGUGCAAGGCCCAGAUGCACCUACUGCCCACACCGUCUGAGCCCCAGAUCCGUGGACUGAGUGAGGGCCCCCAGGCCUGGCUGUUGGAACGCCAGAGUCGUGCUCUCCUGAGCGCCUUCCAGCGGAGUUCAUCCACGUGGGUUCCUGCAGCUCGCAGGGGUGCUAGGUGCUUGGAAAGGCGGCUGAGGCAGCGCCUAGUGCAAGUCAAGGAGAAGCUGGAGUCAUUGCAGGUCGUGCUCAACUGCCACACUCGCCGAGACCAGUCUAGCGCGGCGCGGGGCCGCAGUACCGCGCUGCCUGUGGAGGACUUCCUAGAGACUGAAGCGUUGGAACUGAGUCAGCUGUUGGCUGCACUGCAGCGCGACCUUGACUGCCAGCUGCGGCAGUUGAAGGGCGAACCUCCGUGCCCCUCCCGCCGCUGUGCCGCGGUCGCUCAUGCUCUCUGGACUGGACGCCGGCCGGCGCCUUGGCGACCCCAUGCGCCCUCUGGUCCACCCUGGCAAUGGCUUCAACAGCUGUGCUGCCGUGGGCAGCUGUUGGUUGGUUACCUGGGUGCGAAAGCAGGGACUGAAGUAUCAGAGCGCGUCUUCCACCUGUCAGCUUUUCGCCGCCCGCGCCGCCUGCUGCUAGCACUGCGCUGGGAGGCUGCCCUGGAGCAAUGCGUGUCCAGCUCGAUUUUUCCUGGCAGCCAAGGCUCCAGCUCCUGUCAUCUCCCGCAUAAACGCCGGGAACUGAGCAGCAGCCCUCUGCACCUCCGGGUGGAGAACGGCCCAAAUCCCAAGGUUCCAGAGAUGGGGCUGCUCCUGACGGGGCUGCAGCUCCUGCAUGCCCAGUGGGACCCGGCGUCGGGGGCCUUGCAGGACAGCGCUUCCAGCCAGCCCAGCCCUCUGCCUCCUGUCAGUGUCAGCGCAUGCUCCCGCUGCCCCAGUGCCUCGCGGAGCAAGGCCGGCCUGGCUGUGUACUCCUGUCCCGUGUACGUGGCAGGGCCCCUCGGCACCACUAAACUGCACAGCAGGAACAUCCUGAUGCAUAUUCCUCUACCCACGAAACUUAGCCUCGCCACCUGUAUCCAACGCAGGGUCCAUGUGUGCAGCCCGCCCUUGCACUGCUCUCUACCAAAAUAAAAUUGUUGUGAUCCCAUGAAUGAUUUAUGGGAUUUGGAAAGAGAAUAGGGUAUGCACGGCAGGCAAAAUAUCACACACACACACACACACACACACACACACACACACGGAAAAAUACAGUGUGCACAAAUGAGGAAAGGUGUAUUCACGUGAAGGGGCAAGUGCCUGGCAACUAGGGAUAGGAGAGGGUAUACUUCAGAAGGGGGCUGGUGUAGUCAUCUAAGGGAUUAGGCAGAUCUGGCAGUGGCUAACACACCGAAUCCUGAAUCUUUUCCCAGUUCUUUACUGUGGUCUCAGAACACGUACUCAAUCCUCAAGGGAUAUCUUUGAAGGGAGAACAUUAAAACUCAAAAUGCUUUCUUAUGACAUGUAGUGGUAUUACUGGGAAUUUUCCAGUCCUGCCCUAACACUCACACCCAUCGUCUCCUAUGAUGGAUUCUCUAAAUGAGUCAUAUACACAAAAAGCAAACGCUAAGAGAGAAAAGGUCAUGGUGGUGCAGGCCUGUAAUCCCAGCACUCAGGAGGCUGAGGCCAGCCUACAU